CACCAAUUCCUGCCCAGCCGCCAGAGACAUAAUGCGCCCACCGCCGGCGACAGCACUGUGCCGCCUGCGAUGUGCUCGGCGGGACGACGCAGUGUCUGCGGCCGUGAUGGCGCCCUCUGAGCCCGACGUGUGCCAAUGCGUGGCGCCAGCAGCAAACACCAGCCAUCCGUCAACAACCUCCCUUCACGUCUUGCACCUGGCCGCCCCAUUGCGGACGCAGAAGCAUCUGCUGGCACUAGUCCUAUCACUGCACCUUCACCGGCCGACGCUGAAGGUAACAGCAUCCACGAACAGGCCCCCCGAGGGCCCCAGCCCAGGAGCCUGAAACAAGAGCCAAGUUGGCCUAGCAGCGCGGGCCAGUGGGUCAGAUGUUUUGUUGCUGGAAUCCCUCACGUUCAUCAAUCCCGUCGAUCCUACCACUACCUAGGAGGUCAUUACCACCGCAGUGUAGUCAUAAAACGCAAUUGCAUCUUUUAAUGUCUACUCCAAAGACCACAUGAGGCCCAGAGCCAGUAACCAGGCAUCUGGCAUCUAGCAUCUAGCAUCUGGCAUAAUGCAUCUCUCUCUGCUGUGAUAUCAAUGUAAAGGCGAGGUAAAUAUACUGGAAUACUAGCCUUCGCAUUGUUUCCUGAC